AUGCUGUGACUGAGGUCGUCAGGGCUGGACCUGGGCUCUGUGCUGGCCUCUCCGUGGCAUCUUCUGCUGCUUGGAGUGGCUUCCUGGCUUUUGGCCAGGAUCCUUGCCAGGACUUACUCAUUCUGUGAGAACUGCUCCCGCCUCAGAUGUUUCCCUCAGGCCCCUAAAAGGGACUGGUUUCUUGGUCACCUGGGCAUGAUCCAGAGCAACGAGGAGGGCAUGCAGCUGGUGACGGAAAUGGGCCAGACCUUCCGAGAUGUCCAUCUCUUUUGGCUGGGACCCGUCAUUCCUGUGCUGAGGCUCGUUGACCCUGCAUUCAUUGGCCCCCUGCUCCAGGCCCCAGCUUUGGUGGCCCCCAAGGACAUGACUUUCUAUGGCUUCCUGAAGCCCUGGCUGGGAGAUGGGCUCUUCCUGAGUGCUGGUGGCAAGUGGAGUCGCCACCGCCGCCUGCUGACACCUGCUUUCCACUUCGACAUCCUGAAGCCCUACGUGAAGAUUUUUAACAAGAGUGUGAACACCAUGCACGCCAAGUGGCAGCGCCUAUCCUUGGAGGGUAGUGCCCGAUUGGAAAUGUUUGAGAACAUCAGCCUCAUGACUUUGGACAGUCUGCAGAAAUGCUUAUUUGGCUAUCACAGCAACUCUCAGGAGUCUCCCAGUGAAUACAUUGCUGCCAUCUUGGAGCUCAGCGCCCUCAUAGUAAAAAGGUCCCAGCAGCUCUUCCUGUUUGUGGACUUCCUAUACUACCUCACUGCUGAUGGGCAGCGCUUCUGCAAGGCCUGUGACCUGGUGCACAACUUCACAGAUGCUGAUCAGGAGAGACGCCGCACCCUCUCCAGCCAAAGUGCUGAUGAGUUCCUGAAGUCCAAGGCUAAGUCUAAGACUUUGGACUUCAUCGAUGUGCUCUUGCUGGCCAAGGAUGAACAUGGAAAGGAGCUGUCAGAUGAGGACAUUCGAGCAGAGGCUGACACCUUCAUGUUUGGAGGUCAUGACACCACAGCCAGUGCGCUCUCCUGGAUCCUGUACAACCUGGCGAGGCAUCCAGAAUACCAGGAGCGCUGCCGGCAGGAGGUGCAGGAGCUCCUGAGGGAAGGCGAGCCUGAGGAGAUUGAAUGGGACGACCUGUCCCGGCUGCCCUUCCUGACCAUGUGCAUCAAGGAGAGCCUGCGGCUGCACCCCCCAGUCAUAGAUGUCCUCCGCCACUGCACCCAAGACAUUGUGCUACCUGAUGGCCGGGUCAUCCCCAAAGGGACCGUCUGUGUCAUCAGCAUCUUUGGUGUUCAUCACAAUCCUUCAGUCUGGCCAGACCCUGAGGUCUAUGACCCCUUUCGCUUUGACCCAGAAAACCCUCAGAAGAGGUCACCUCUGUCUUUUAUUCCCUUCUCCGCGGGGCCCAGGAACUGCAUAGGACAGACUUUUGCCAUGAGCGAGAUGAAGGUGGCGCUGGCGCUGACUCUGCUGCGCUUCCGCGUCCUGCCGGACGACAAGGAGCCGCGCCGGAAGCCGGAGCUGAUCCUGCGCGCAGAGGGCGGGCUGUGGCUGCGGGUGGAGCCGCUGAGCGGGCAGUGACCCCAUGCUCCUCGCCCACCCACCUAAGGAUCCCAGAAUUAGCAUGGCUCCAUCGGGUGUCGGCAGGUAGCGCUGGAGGACUGCAGAACCAGCUGUGGUCUCAGCGAGAGGAGGCGGGACUGAUGUCUUUGAGCCAAUGAUCCUUGUUUGCUGGAAGCAAGGCUUUCCUGCUGAACAGAGUUCUUUUCUAGCUCAAGCAUGGACCUCAUCCUGUUAGAGCCACUGUAGCUUUUUGAGCAGCGAAGGAGGGUGCAGAAUAUCGGGCCCAUUCGAGAUUCUUAGUCACUGAAACAAAGCCUUACAACCAUAGUUUCCAUUUUCUUGUACUUCCUCCUCUCCUUGAGCAUAUUUGAAGCGACCCUCCAGUUUCUGUCUUCUUAGGGCUGCACUUACUGGAGUGGGCUGCGCCACUACACCUGGAGGGAUAUUUGUAAAGUUUGAGUAAAAUGGUUUAUCAGAAAAGGGAAAUCUCGGCACCAUUGAGAAGCGUGUUAAAUGGCACUCAAGCCUCAUGAUGCCCAAAAUUACUAAGGCAGCUUAAAAUGAACGGAAUCACCCUUGCGGAAUUCUUCAUUUCACUUUUGUCUGGGGCAAUGUUCAUUGAGAAUAUCACUUAUUUUACAAGAUUCUUACAAUUUUCCUUUCUUGUAGCCCUUUCGAGCUUUGACCCCUCAUGAGACUAUUAAACCAGUGUCAGCUGGGCAUGGUGACAGGUACUUGAGAGUGCAGGACUUGGGCAGUGCGAUCCUGAGUUGGAGACUAUCUUGGUAUACAUAGCAGGUUUGGGGCCAGCCUGGGCUAUGCUCUGAAACUGUGUCUUUAUAAUA